AUCGAUCACGAACGAUCCGUUCGCAAAGUUUAGACAUCCUACGUGCUAGCAAACAACACGACACACCAUGGGUAGCGAGAAGAGGAAACGUCAGGACGAGCUCGUAAACCGGCCGAAGAAAAAGUCCUCAACUGGACCACCUACCGGAAAUAUCAAGGUGCAGUUCGUGCAGAACAGCGAUGUUUUGGGUCCAGUUUUGGCUACUACUCCAGGCCUUAACUGUCCUCGGGACAUAGCCUUCAAGCCAUACAAAUCGAGCAAGAUCCUCCCUGGCAGUGCAACACAAGAACUUCUGCUCCAAUCGUCCGCACAUCCACGCCUCGAUUACACCGCAUCCGAAGAGAAAGAUGGUAGCUCAGACAGCAUGCUCACAGACUACAUCGGCGUAUACGAUCCUGUGACGCAGAAAUUGCAAUUGGUACAAGUGCCAAAGUUGACGGUACGAAGUACGCUACGAAGCGAGGUAGAGGAGGUGCGCGAAGAAGAGGCGAAGGCACGGAUGACCAUGGCGCAAAAGAAGUACAAUCUCACAGCCGAAUUUGGAUCCAAGAAGUCGAAGAAGGCUAUUCAAGAGAGGAUGGCGAACAGAAUCGCCAGAGGAGACCCCAACGAACCCACUGAAGAGAACCCCGUCGCAGACGCCAUUAUGCAAGGCAUGGAUGCUACGAACGGCAAGAUGCCAACAAAGGAGGAACUAGAGGCUGAACUGGACAGCUCCAAACCUCGACCGAAGGCCAAUCUCGCUGCCGAAUAUCCUGCAGAUGUGUACCCGAUUGACACCAUCGUCGGCAAGGAGCUCAUGGCUCUUAUUCCGAUCAAAGAUUGGCUAGAUUCAGCGGAGGAGGGCAAGGGAGUCCAAGUCGCAAGCAAAUAUGUUGCUCGGCGCAUACUGAAGUUGGCAAAGAACAAGGAUGUUCAAAAGCUCAAGGUUCUGAAGUUCAUUUUGCUCUGCGUAAACUUCAAUGCCGCGUUGAGAACCAAGGGCAAGGGACCUAAGAACGUGCCACCAAAAGACAAAUUGAUUACGGCCAUGGGUGAUGACAUCCCGCCAGCCGUCGUAGAUUCCAUCAGGAGGAAAUUCGUGUCUGCCCAAAACGACAUGCCCCGAUGGAACAUCGACAAUCUCAUGACACAUACAGCCGCGGCGGCGCUCAUUGUCGAUGGGUUCGAGGUCGAUGUAAAUGAUCUCCGCGAUGAUCUGAAGAUCGAGAACAAAGAUAUCAAAGCAUAUUUCCAAGAGAUUGGCUGCAAAGUCAACCCGCCUACUCAGACCGAGCAACAGAAACUCAAGAUCUCCAAGGCAGAGGGCAUCAACCAUUCCAUAGCCAAGCUCAGAAUUCCACUCAGUUUCCCAAGGAUCUCGAAGGGACGUAGCAACCAGCCACGACGAUAGUUGUACGGAGAUAUGGCGAAGUGUGCGGAUGCAGGAGCGCAAUGGGAGUGAGCGCUUAUACCCAAUAGCUUGCAGUCUAGCAUGAUUCAAAACUAUAAUCCAGAUCGCGACCUGUACUUCUGAACUUGUGGAUAUUGAUUUUAACCACUUCUUAAUCAAAUAUUACUCAAGUGCUGUCCAACUCUCGAAUACCUACCAGCAAGGUGGCAUCGUUUCGCCGCUCCCACUCACUCACCACACCCAUCACUACUCCCAGCUACCACUUCGCACACUCUCCCCACCGUCCAGUCUCCACAACAUGCAUCAUACACCCUCAAAAUAGAUCAUAGAUCUCUCACGCCGACACACCGAUUCCACCGACGACUUUCGCCUGAACCCUUAAAAUCAUGACAUCACCACCCUCGACCAU